CCAGCUAUCAAAUCAGACAUUCGCUUUCUCCGACUGACCGUUUUCUUUCUUUCCACAGGCUGAACGUCGUCCCGUCUCUCGCUUCACAACCAGAUUAUCCUGUUUUUUUUAUAAUGUAUAUUUCAACAUCGCUCGUUGCUGUUCUGGCUGCGGCAAGCACUGCUCAGGCCCUCCAAUUCUCCGAUGCUACCGCAAGAGCGUCAAAUACCAAACGUGGACUCAUUUCCAAACUCCUGGGCGGAUUCAUAGGCUUCAAGACACAGGACACUACCGUGUGCCCUGAUGUAUGGAGCGAGAUCUCUGAGACGCUCACGGCGCAAUUCCUGGCAGAUGGCCAAUGCACAGACGCUGCUCGCGCAGCCAUCAGAUCUGCUUUCCAUGACUGCUUCAACGGCGCCUGCGACGGAUCACUCAUCCUAGCCGGUGAGUGCUCGAGAAUCGAGAACACCGGUCUCGCCCGUCUCUGCGGAAACCUGGGAAACCUAGCCACAGAGAAAGACGUCGGCGUCGCCGACCUCAUCCAAUUCGCUGCCGCCCACGCCAUUAAGACCUGCCCCGGCGGACCCACCGUCCCCGUCCUCGUCGGCCGUCCUGACUCCUCAAACGCCUCCCCCGCCGGCCUCCUCCCCUCGGGCAACACCGCCGCCUCCGACCUCAUCAAGCGCUUUGCCGCCCGCGGUUUCUCCGCCAUCGACCUCGCCGCCCUCAUCGGCGCCCACACCGCAGCCCGCAACCGCAUCAGCGUCCCCGACAAAGCCAAUCUCACCAUGGACUCCACCCCAGGCCAGUGGGACAGCAAGUACUACUCGGAGACAAUCAACGGGAGGGCGCCCGUCACGCUUCCGAGUGAUAAGAGUCUUGCGAAUCAUCCUGUCACGGGCAUUCUAAUGAGGGGCUUUGCGGCGAGUCAGGGGGCGUGGAGUGCGGCGUUUGUGCCGGCCAUGGCGAAGAUGAGUAUGUUGGGGGUGGAUAAGGACGGGCUGGUGGAUUGUACGUCUGCGUUGCCGGGGGGCAGUCGGAAGAGGGAUGUCAGGCGGUCAAAUGUUUUUGAGCGGUUGGGGUGGUAGCGACGAUAGAUUGGAAAUUUUGCUUAUUGUUUAUUGGGAGAGAAGUGUGUACGAAUAAGGGUUAUACCACGAGGUUCACGGGGAUGGCGUUUCGGGUUGACUGUUUCCAAGGUCACUUUUGUUAUUGUGC